AUGUGGGGGAAGCAUGGGAUAAACAAAGUAGCAAUGAUGCAGAAUGGAAUAGUCAUGGUUAGGUUUGAUUCCGCAGAAGGGAAGAAUGAAGUGAUACAAGGGGGAAUCUACCACGUCGAUAACAAACCACUAAUUGUGAAAGCCUGGGAAUCGGAGAUGGAAUUCACAAGAGAUGAACUAUACUCGGGCUUGAGCAAACUGGGGAGCUUAGUGGGCAAACCACUUAUGGUGGAUAGGAAUAUUGAGAAGAAAAUGGGAUUAAACUUUGCACGAUUGCUGGUAGAAGUAAAGAUUGAUACUCCAUUGCCGGAUGUGAUCUUGUUCAAAAAUGAAAGGGGGAAUGUUAUUGAACAAAGAGUGACAUAUGAUUGGAAACCUACCCUGUGCAAGGUUUCCCAAAAGUAUGGUCACAAUGAAGAGGUGUGUAGAAGGAAUAAAAAGGAAGUUAAACCUCAAGAACCACAUCAGGUGGAAGCUCAAAAACCUGUUGAAGCUGUUCAAGAGGUUGGUAAAGAUAAGAUGGCAAAAGGGAGUGUCACUAAUGGGGUAAGUAAUCAAGGGGGGAGAGGAGGAGGCUGGAGACAGAAUAAUCAGGGGGGAAGGGGAGGUGGUUGGAGGAAGCCACAAACUAACUGGCAGGUUCAAAGAGCAGGAUAA